GCGCCUCGAGAGGGCCGACCCUUAGGGUUCCAACCAGAGGCCGGGGACCCACCCCUCGCGGCAUAACCCCGCCUUCCUUAGGCUCUAGGCCAAUGGGGAAGCUGGUAUGUGGGGAAAAGGCGGUGCCUCGCUCUCGCAGGGCCCUCGGGCUGGGGCCGCGUCUGUCCUUCGGCUCGGAGCUGGCUCUCCUGGGGGCAGAUGACUAGGAAGGACUGUGACUGGUAGGGUCAGCCCUCGUCGUCCCUGCCUCUGCCCCAUCUCACUCCCGGGAGAAUGCUACCAUCCACCGCUGCCGAUCCCAUCUGCGGUAUCCACUGUUCGCAGCUCUUCUCCCCCGGCGCCGGGAAGACGGGAAAAGGGCUGAGGCGGGGGCGGCGGCGGCGGCCCUCGGGAUGGACCGCAUCCGGGAAGGAGGAUGCCAUGAAGUGGAAGAAGAGUAUGAGGUUCAGGAGCUGGAGAAUCUAGAAAAGAGAAAAUUUAUCCUUUCACUCGCUGAUCUAAAGGACCUGUGUCGGGUUGGGAUCCUGGCUUUGAGUCUCGCGGGCUCUGUUAUGCUGUCAUGGGCCGCCAUCUCCCCUCACUGGGCACAACUCUCAUAUGCCGACCGAGUGGUAUUCAGUAGUUUUUGGAAGACCUGUGGUGAAGGAGGAUGCUGGAAGCCAGGAGACUCAGCAGGAUACUUGAUUUAUGGCCGGUGCUUAAUUAUCUUCGCUGUUGUCUUCGCAUUCUUCAUGAACCUCAUGUUGCUAGGCUUCUUCUUCCAGUUAUGUGCUCCUUUUCCCCUGGAGUGUCUCAUGUUUGCCAUCAUGGACACCAUUACAGGUAUAGCUGUGUUCACUGGUUUGCUAAUGUAUGUGCUACAGAUGAAGAGCUUGGAAGGCAGUGGCCCAAAGAUCACCUUUUUAUGGCCUUUUUUCAUCACUUUUAUCAGUUUGAUAUUGUUCCUGUAUUCUGCAAUCCUCUUCAUCCUCAUCCACAAGGAAUUCUGUCUCACUAAGUGUCUGAGAUCUUCCCGUGUGAUUCCCAAGGACCCAAACUCAUAGAAGGAGCAGGUGAAUUUGGAGGCCAUGGAGUCCUUCUAGACCAGCUCAUCAUUCAUACUGCCUCCUGUGCCCAGGCACCUCCCGGUUUCUAGCACACCUUAGCUGGAAUGUUGACAGUGGAUACUGGAGAAGGCAGGGAUAAAAAGAAGAGGCUGAGCCCAGUUAUGAGGGCAGGACUGUGCUGCUAAUCUGGGGAGAAAGAUGAAAACAUCAGCCUCCCUCCUUCUUUUGCCUGAAAUGGGGUGGGGGUCCCUGCUGGUGUUCAGGGAUUUUGUUGGGCAAUGAUUUGGACCCUGAAACUUGCCAUUUUGAGAUGUUCUUCUCCUCUUCUUCCCUGCAUCAAGGAUUUUCUAGCAUUAUGAUGUUUGGGGAUAUUGGUUGCUGAAAAUUCAAAAAUUCCUCGUAUGGCAUUUUGAAUCUUUGGAAGGAAAGUGUAAAAUAAAUCCGUAAAAUAAACAAAUAUAACUGAAGGAUUCCCCUUGCAAA